AUGGCUGAGGAUUGGGGAGCCGUUGAUGAUGCUGCACCUGUUGUAGUUGCACCUGAAGUUCAGGAUAUUAAACUGUUUGGAAAAUGGAGCACCGAUGAUGUUCAAGUCAGUGACAUCAGCUUAACUGUAAGUGCUUUCGUCAUUACUAUAAUUAUUCAUUACUAUAAUCUCUCUUUUGUGGCUCUGUGUGGAAAGCCCAUCUGGAGGUCUACUUAGUUUAAAUUUUUGAAAAGAAUGUACUUUAUGUGUUUAUCUUAUUUUCUUCUGUAGCUUUUGACAUGUUUUAUAAUUUACAGGACUACAUUGCAGUUAAAGAGAAGUACGCCACUUAUCUACCCCACACUGCAGGUCGUUAUGCUGCAAAACGGUUUAGGAAGGCACAGGUAAAUGACAGGAAAUAGCUGGAAUUCUGCAUGGGUUGGUUAUCAUUUGAUAAAGGGGUCUGGUCACUCUAUCAACUCUCCUACCAAGGGUAUUGCUUUACAGUAGUUGGUAGUCUGUUCAAUAUUCCAAUACGACUCAGUCCUUUACGUGUACUUUUUGUUUAGUUGGGCAAUGUUGUUAAGAUGAAAAGAUACCUUAUUUUGGAUGAUUUUAUCCUAAAUUCUCAUAAUUAUACUGAAUCAGUUAUUUAUAUAUAAUAGGGCAUUUGCACGAUAACGUCUUUUUAAUAUUAAGACCAGAAUGCAUUUGGUUUUUCCUUUCCUUUUUUAUUUGGUAAUCACAGUGAGAUUGAAAUAACAAAAGCCUUAAUUUGCACAAGAAAGCAAAACCCUGAAGGAUUCUGGUUGAACUUAGUUAAAUGAUGCCAUUGUGUAAAUGGGCUGUUGGCAGAUUUAGUGAUUGAGCGUUGAUCUAUGACUAAGCAAAAUGUGAUGCUGAUCGACAAAAUAGUGUUUAAUUAAUGAUCUGGAUAAGACAGAAAGCAAUUUCUUUUGUUGUGGGGCAAUAUGCUUUCCUCACACAGGAUUUUUUUUCAUUUUCACACAAAGAAUGCAUAAAACUGCAAAAAGGCAGUUUACGAAAUAAUAUUCCCUCUUAUCUAGACCAUUACUUGAAUUGGGGGAAGGGUGGGAGAUGCAUGCAGUAAACAGGGUGCAAAGAAAGUCGCAGCGUGCCAUUCGGGCAAGCUGUAGCAAGCAUUUACUUGUCCAAAAGUCAUUUCCAAAAGUUAUUUUAAGUAGCCAGAAAAAAAAUGUUUGAUGAAUAGGAUUGAUUACAGGUCUUCUGUAAUUUAAAUUCCCCAAAAAGCUUCACUUUCCCAUCAGGCAAGUGAUGUUGUACUGUCAUCUUGUUCCUUGUGUCUAUUUUAAAAGUUGUUAUUGUUAUGGUAUCAUGUCUAGUGCCCUAUUGUGGAGCGUCUGGUGAACUCCAUGAUGAUGCAUGGACGUAACAAUGGCAAGAAACUGAUGACUGUCACAAUUGUGAAGCAUGCAUUUGAGAUCAUUCAUCUGCUAACUGGAGAGGUAAGUCAGAGUAAGAGAAAAAUUUUCUUAUCCGCUUGCUCUUCAAACAAGCACUAUAUUAAAUUUGGUUAUGCGAAACCCAAGAGUCUUUGUCCAAAAAGUUUUGCUUAAAACUCAAAGCUCAAAACAAUUAGGCAUUUAAUGUUUUUAAUCACAUUGUUUGUAAUCCUUGUAAAUAAAAUUAUUGUUCUUGACUUGAGCCUGAAAUGGAGCUCAUAAGAACAAAUGAAAUGGCCACACAAUGGAGAAGUUGAAAAGAAUAUUUAACCUUAUUUUUUCAAGUAUGAGGUUUGCUUUUAUUAGUAUAAGAUAAAUUUUAAUUCUACUGUAAUCUGAAGUCAAUUUUCAACUGUUUCUCUAUUUUUUCUACUUACAAAUGUGGUUGUCUCAUGGAAAAGUCAUGUUGAAGUUUUACAUGUCCAAACUAAAUUUCUACCCGUCCCGGACAAUUGGACAUAGGUUUUGGCACACCCUAUAAGUGUCUGGGCUGUUGGACUUUAAAGGUGAUAGCUAUUAUACAAUAUUGAUUCUGUGGGAAUUUAAGUGUAGCUGAAAUUGAUAUUUUAUAUCCCAAGGUGCCGUCAAUCAUACAUACAAACGUAUACUACAUAAUUUAUUACUCACAAACCUUGGAAACAGACAAUGACAAGAUUUCGCUGGUGCAUAUCAAGCAAAAUUUGAAUACUCUGUGAAGAGAUUCAACUAGAUUCAAUCUUAAUCAUAAACAAAGUCAAUGAAUAGGUCAUCUUCUUCAAAAUUAAUAACUGACUAGUUUAGUUUGUUCCCAAAUUGUUAUUUUACUUGUCAGUACAGAAAUUAAUGGUACUGAUAUUUCUUGAUUGCACCUUUAUUCUUAAGAAUCCCCUGCAAGUGUUGGUGAAUGCCAUCAUCAACAGUGGACCACGUGAGGACUCCACCCGUAUUGGCCGUGCAGGUACUGUCCGUCGUCAAGCCGUUGAUGUGUCCCCUCUGAGGCGAGUGAAUCAGGCUAUUUGGCUGCUCUGUACUGGGGCUCGUGAAUCAGCCUUCAGGAACAUCAAGUCAAUUGCUGAAUGCCUUGCUGAUGAACUUAUCAAUGCUGCUAAGGUUUGUAUAGUUUUAGAAAGAAAGCUUUUUCGUUUUUGCUAUGUUGUCAAUUAUUAAUUCUCUCUGUUAACACAGUUUCGCUCAAACUGAUGUGCUUUUAUAAUGCCGCUGGACUCAAUGAAACCCCUAGAGUCUCCUGGCCUGAAAGCAAGAGUCUAUCCCUUCUUAAAGGUUCUAUUUACAGACACUAAAUAUGGUAGAUAGCAGUAACCAUUCCUUAUUUCUUCAAAGGUGAAGGGAUUGUUAGAUUUGCAAAAGGUUUGGUGAUGAAACUGAAUUAAGUGAACACGAACACACCUGAUAGUGUCAGUGUACAUAUUACUUUUAGUCCAACUUUGAUAUGCUGUAUUCUACAGUUUUAUAAGGCUCUACUCCCUCCCCAUAUGAUAUGUUUUUACAAUCUCUUCUUCUUUGCACCUUCAGUGUUAAGAGGCAGUGUCUGUAAAAUUGGUCCAGUGCAUUCAGGGUCGAAAAAUAGUUUGCCCUCAAACUUUGCCUAGUAAAUCAUCAUUCAUAAGUAAAUGAAAUGACCUUCCAGGGCUGUCAUUUAGAGGUGGGGGCCGGGGAUUUCCCCCAGCUACUAUGAGUGUGGUCCCCGGCUACUUUCAUUGGAAAAUAGAAGAAAAAUCGAACCAAAAGAAACCCAUAGCUGUUUGAUUCCCUGCCUACUUGUUGUAUUUCCCCGGCAACUUGAAAUCUUAGUGACAACCCUGACCUUCAUUUUGGGAAGUACUUCAAAAGACACAUGUUAGAGCACUCAACUGUCAAACUGCUAAAUCCCUUGAAUUUGCGUGUGGCGAAAGCCGAAAAAUUACACAAAUUACCAAGCUCGUUUCUCCAAAUCCACGAAACGUGAGAAAAAUUGUUGUUAAUUCUAGGUUAAGGUGAUUAACAGUGUGGAUAAUAUGUUAAUUUUAUAUUCUGUUGAACUGAAUAGUUUAUUGCUGGAAAUCAGUCUUAGAGCACCUAAAUCAACAACAACAACAACAACUGAUUUUGGUUGUCUCCCCUCUUAUUUCUAUGACUGGUGUGCUUUUUUCAGGGAUCAUCAAAUUCCUAUGCCAUCAAGAAGAAAGAUGAGUUGGAACGUGUUGCCAAGUCUAACCGUUAA